GGCCGCCCCUCCACCCAGGCCUUUCUCCCUUGACUCAGGCCCACAGGAGGCGAAUCCAUGUGCGGGGGUGAGGUGGCCUGAGGGCAGGCCCUGGUCCCGGCAUGCCCCUGCCUGAGCCCAGCGAGCAGGAGGGCACAAGUGUGACCGCCAGCCUGGAGCCCGCCCCUGUGCUGAAAUGCAGCAAGCUGGACACAGCCCCCCAGCCCCUGGAGUUCCUGAGGACCCCGUUUGGGGGCCGUCUGCUGGUGUUGCAGUCAUUCCUGUACAAGCAGGAGAAGGCGGUCGGCGACAAGGUGUACUGGAAGUGCCGCCAGCAUGCCGGGCUGGGCUGCCGGGGCCGGGCCAUCACCCGCGGCUCAAGGGCCACAGUUAUGCGGGACCACUGUCACCUGCCCGAUGAGGAGGGCCUGCAGGCUCGGCGCCAGCAGGAGAAGCUGCCCAGCCCUGCUCUGCCCGAGGCCCCGGAUGGCUCUGGCGGCCCCGUGGAUGAGCCGCUUGAGGGCGGAGGCUCUUGGCUGUGUCCUGAGGAGCCACAGCCGCAUCCCGGGCAGGCGCUCAGCAAGCCGGCCCCUGAGGAGGCGCCCCGAGCCCUGUCCCUGCUCCUGCCUCCCAAGAAACGCUCGAUGCUGGGGCUGGGUGAACACCUGCCCCGGGUGACGGAAGAAUUCCUGCCCCGGAUGCCUCCAUUCGGAGUAGUGUGUCCAACACUAGGCCCAUGUUCCCAGUCCAGCCGGCAGGCGGCCUUCCAGAGCUUUCUGAUGCACCCAGAGCAGGCCGAGCCCCUGGAGUUCCUGAGGACCUGCUACGGGGGCAGCUUCCUGGUGCACGAGUCCUUUCUCUACAAGCGGGAGAAGGCGGUGGGGGACAAGGUGUACUGGACGUGCCGGGACCACACACUGCAUGGCUGCCGCAGCCGGGCCAUCACACAGGGCCGGCGCGUAACCAUCAUGCGUGACCAUUGCCACCCGCCCGACAUGGAGGGCCUCGAGGCCCGGCGGCAGCAGGAGAAGGCCACGGAGACGCCGCCAGCUGGGCCAGACAGCUCCGAGGACACGCUACCCCAAGAUGCGAGGCCAGAUAUCCCCACUCUCAGACCUCGACCCAGAAAACGAGCAAAAGUGAAAGAUCAGGAGCCCCCAGCAGCCCAGCCCCAAGGCCCCCCGGACGAGGAGCAGGAGGCCGACCCCAGAGGCCCCGAGUUCCUGCGGACCCCGCUGGGGGGCAGCUUCCUGGUGUACGAGUCCUUCCUGUACAGGCGGGAGAAGGCGGCGGGCGAGAAGGUGUACUGGACCUGCCGGGACCAGGCCCGCAUGGGCUGCCGCAGCCGGGCCAUCACCCAGGGCCGGCAUGUCACUGUGAUGCGUGGCCACUGCCACCCGCCCGACCUGGCCGGCCUGGAGACCCUGCGGCAGCGGGAGAAGCGGCCGAGCCCGACCCAGCGGGAAAGCCCAGGAGGCCCCGAGUUCCUGCGGACCCCGUUGGGGGGCAGCUUCCUGGUGUACGAGUCCUUCCUGUACAGGCGGGAGAAGGCGGCGGGCGAGAAGGUGUACUGGACCUGCCGGGACCAGGCCCGCAUGGGCUGCCGCAGCCGGGCCAUCACCCAGGGCCAGCGGGUCAUGGUCAUGCGCAGGCACUGCCACCCACCCGACAUGGCCGGCCUGGAGUCCCUGCGGCAGCGGGAGAACCUCCCCAACCUGACCCACUGGGAAGGCCCAGAACCCACGGAGCCCCUGGAGUUCCUGCGCACGCCCCUCGGGGGCAGGUUCCUGGUGCACGAGUCGUUCCUGUACAGGAAGGAGAAGGCGGCGGGCGAGAAGGUGUACUGGAUGUGCCGGGACCAGGCCCGCAUGGGCUGCCGCAGCCGGGCCAUCACCCAGGGCCACCGGGUCAUGGUCAUGCGCAGGCACUGCCACCCGCCCGACCUGGCUGGCCUGGAGGCGCUGCGGCAGCGGGAGCGGCUCCCCAAGGAGACCCAGCAGGAAGCCCCAGAAGAGAUCAACCCAGUGCCUGAAAUAGAACUGCGCUUGGAGACUCUUACAGAAACACAACAGACAGAAGGGUAACUGUGCGAGUUCGUGGUGUGAGUGGCUGAGAGAGGGGCCGCCUCAACAGGCCUUGAGAGGGCUGGCACAAGGGGCUGGCUGGGUGGCUGGGCACAUGGGACAGCAUGACCAACUUGUCCUCCAUAGGGGGUGCAUAGGGGCCGCAGGUUCUCACUGCUUGGGCGCCUCAGUCCCCCGACCGAAGUGACCCCGAGAACAGGACCCCUCAACCCGGGGCAGCCCUGGCCAUGGCCACAACCAGAGGCUCCGUGAACCCAGGGUGGACACGGUGCACGCUGCGCAGGCGGCCACAGCGGGUGACACUAGAAAUCAGCAGCCCGGGCCUGGGAGCUCACUCCUGCAGCCAGAGUCAGGAGGGCGCAGCACUGCGGGCUGAAGGACUUCACGGGAAGCUGUAUCCCCAUCAGAACGCCAAGGACCGAGCCCCUCCACCCUUCUCUCUCUCCUGCUAAGAUUUCUUUAUCACACGGGGAGAGAACUCUUCCCUCUGCUGGUUCGCUCCUUGGACGGCUGUGACGGUCAGGGCUGGGCCAGCCAGGCCGGCCGCUAGCCAGGACCGCCUUCCAGGUCUCCGUGUAGGUGGGACCCACACUUGGGCCAAUCCCCACUGCUUUUCCAGUUGCCUUAGCAGGGAGCUGGAAAGUAAGUAGAGAGGCCAUACUGAGGUGCUGGCAUCCCAGGUGGCACUGAACAUGCGGAGCCACAGCCCCCACUUCCAAUCAGCUUCCUGCAAGAUGCGUGCCGAGAGGCAGCAGGAGACGG